CCGAGGAGGCCUCCGCCGUUGACGCGGAAUAACGCCCGCUGAGUAACCUGGACACCGUUUCACUCGGCAUUAUCUCUUCAGUCGUCGCUCAACAGCCAAACGGACGAAGCCUGCGGCAAUUUUUUCCGCCUUUUAUUACUCGACCGCUUUCCGUUUCUCGCGUGGAUUCACGACCGCCGGUGGAACGACCAGCGAUACCCUCAAUUGCGUCGGGGAUGAUAGUGCGCGAGUGCAUCGACUGCGUGGUGCAAUAUCGAGAAUUCGCACAACCGCCUAACGCGAGUUCUUCGCGCAAAUAAGUGCACUUAUGUUCAAGCGUCUGCCGAAGUAACUGAAUAUAAUUUCUUUGGUUUUCAUCGGGGAUUGUUUCGUAAAUGAAAAAUUGAUCGCAAACUACUUUGCACAAUUUAUCUUCCGACUUUCUUAGAUCGGUUCACCAACGACCGGUUCACUGGUCAACUAAACAACAUCGGUUUUUUGUGAUUGACUAACACGUUUGUUUAAAUAUUUGAUUUCGUUUUAAAACAGUUAAAUCUAGUAGUGUGGUGAACUUAAUUAUUCUUGGAUUUUCAACCCUGUGAUAUUGCUGUUAGUAAAAUUUUACCACUGUUUGGGAAGAUUUUUUCAAGUUCUUUACUGCUGAUUUUUAACGGAUGAAUACCUGCGACAAUAUGUGGGACCGUAAAGUAUUCAUACGAAUUAUCGAAUUGCUCUUGUGCAUAUCCUGCGUUGUGGCACUCAGGGUUACCGACGACGAAAGUCGAAGGGUGUUUCACUACCUUAGGAAUCGAAGUAGGGAGUGGUCACUUCUGAACAACGUUACAUGGGGCACCAUAGGUGCUGCCUUGGCCACAGCUACUUGUGGAGGAUACGUCAUCGUAACGACGGGACUCCUGGUAGCUGCUGCAACCGGAGAGCUUCGGGGUAGAAAGACGGAACUGUUCUUCCUCGGUCUGGGCGUCAUCCUGUUCGGUAUCGUCGGCGCCCUGUCUUUGGCGUCGAUCGACAGCGUGCCCGAAGACCUCGUGGAUAACGCGGCAGUUUUGGGGGCUCUGUGCCUUUUGACGGCGUUGGUCUUCGUCAUCGAUAUCCUGAUGAGGAUCCCCGGGGCGAAGAAGAAACACGACAGCACGCAGACCGGGGUGGAAAAAGACAUUGUAAAGCUACCUCUGGCGAAACUCGGUGCUGAGAAGGAGACAAAGUCCAGCGGAAAUGCCAAGGGCGAAACACCGCCGCUGGAAGUAAAGGGGUCGGUGAACGAAGGCUUCAAUCGCUCGGAGCCGUCCGCGGAAAGAGAUCUUAACGAAGGGGAUGCGGAAGAGGGUUCGGAGGAGGAGGUCACCAGGAGUCAGCGGCGAGGGUCACGCGACCUUUUCGAGUCCGAGCGAAACCGGAAGUUCGAGGACGUGGGAAAGCAGCUGCGGGAGUACGCCCUCCAGGGUUUCGACGCCGGCAGGGAGUCGCGACGCCGAGGCGUCGAGGGUAGGAACGGCGCCAGGCGAGAGUACUUCGGUUACGAAAACGGCGAUAUCUCGGGGUUCCCGAGGGAAGCGACGGACGAAACCGACACCCCGCCAUUCCCGACGAGUUUCGAGGGCGAAGCUCCGAUUUUCGCGAGGAUCGUCAACCCGGGGGUGAAGAUAAUGCGAGUCGAGCGGGAAACCGGAGGCGGUGGAAACCCCGAGGAUUACAGGAACUCCGAUACCAGCCAGUACGACAACGUUCCAACGAGGAUGCGCAGCAUGUCUCCAUCCGGGAUCCUCAAGCGGAACCGCGACGUUUCUUUUACCGUUCCAGCCGCACCCAAGAUGCACUACGGGAGGAACGGAAGCCCCGCGCGUAAGGACGACAUUCAGAGGCUCGAGGAGUGCUUCAGCGCUAUCCAAAACUCCAUCGGUACACAGACCGCGGGUCUCAGGGAUCUCGAGAUACCCUCGUCCCCGAAUGAUCCGGGAUACGUUCGCCACACAGCGAGUAACUGGCCCCGCGAUCUCAAGUCCAAGACCCCUGGUUCCAGCCCGGAACACGAAAAGAAGUGAGCUGCUUAUUUGAUAUCAUCGUUCCCGACAAGGUUGUAUUCGCGAAGGAUCACGGUUACGCUUUGCGUUUUACUCUGAGAUCUUUUUUUUAUCGAGUGAAUGGUCGUUCAUAAAUUAUUAAAUAAUUUGCCAAUUGACAAACGAGCUUACCUCGUUAACCUGUCGGACUUACGCGUUCUUACUCGACUUUCGUUCCGCAGUGAAUUCGUGUCACGUAUGUUGUUUGCAUUUUCAGGAAUGUACGAUGUCUCUGCCUUUUUUUUUUCACUCCCUUUUCAGUUCUUUUGUCGAAUAACAGUAGAGCUUUGCAUGAGAUAACAAUAUUUGCGGCUACUUUUCUGCAGUAGUAAAACCUUGAAGGAAUGCGCGUUUCACUUUUUUACCGAAUCUGCGUGAAAUGUGGUGUUCAGAUUUUUGAUGACGUAAGCAGAGCCCCAGAAAUUGAUAAUGUAUAAAUUCUGUACUUUUGAAAAAUGUGAAUCAGCAAUUUCUGGAAAAAUAAAGUUCAGCAUGAAACUUGUAAUUCUCAGAUAUCGAGUCUGUAACUCUACGACGAAUUCUGUUUCUAAAAUUUCGUAAAACUAGAGAAAUUGGUAUUUUUACAAUCAUUAUUAUAUGUACUUAUUAUACAAAUGUUUGCAAUUUUCGGAAACUAAUAAGUUAUAUAAAUAUGGGAAUUAAAUUCCAGUGACAGAAAUUGAAUGUAUCAAUUACAUUAUACGUAAACAAAAGUAUUUUCUCAUUUUUGUACAAACGUUUAUUUCGUUUAUAAGACAAUAAUUGCAGCAUCAAAUCUACACAGACGGUAAACGGUCGUUAGAAGAGGAAAAGAAAAAAGAAAUAAAAAGACAACAACAAUUACUAUAUAUAUAGUCAAAUACUAUUUAACGUUAAGAAUAAGAAUUCGAAGUAAAAAAUCGACUCUCGAAGUUUGAUGCAAUGCACAUUGUUUAAAUGUUCAUAUUAUGCGUUAUACGUAUAAUUUUCGCGUAUAUGUGCGUCUUGUUCGUUGCAUGAGAAUGCGGAUUUUGUAACUGUAUAACAACUGUAUACUCUACACUUAACAUCGAUAAUAAUCAAACCUACGCACUGCAUCUAACAGUAGUUUAAUAUAAAAUAUGUGUACACGUCAUAUAACUGCAGUUAGUAUAGUACUACUAAUAUGAUAAUUUACAACUAAACAA